AUGGCGGCAGAAGGCCACAAUGUGGACGGGACUCUGCUCGAACUGGGAAGAGAUCAUGGACAUUACUUUCAGAAAAAAACCUUCACCAAGCCCACUUAUUGUCAUCAUUGUUGCGAGAAAAUCUGGGGAAUGCUCACCCAAGGAUACGUUUGUGAAGUGUGCAAUUUCGUCUGUCACGAGAAAUGCAUGAAAACGGUGGUCUCCUAUUGCAGUGGAGUGGCUCUGCAGCUUAUAAAGAACCCCGUCGCUCACAUGUGGAGCGAACCCGGGCAUAUUAAGCGCAAAUUCUGCAACGUUUGUCGCAAGAGGACCGAGGAUUCGACGAGUAUCGAGUGUGAGGUCUGCGAGUACUACGUGCACGUCGAUUGCCAUGAUUUAGCGGUCUCCGAUUGCAAAGAGGCGGCAACAUAUGUGCCCAGUCUUGAUAAGGCAGCCCAAGCCCAGUACCAUCACAUGCGAGAAGGGAAUCUGCCCCGAGACAGCAAAUGUGUCGUCUGCAAAAAGGUUUGCUCCUCGAGCGAGUGCCUAGCGGGGAUGCGAUGCGAGUGGUGUGGGCAAACGGCGCACGCGCUCUGCUACCGCCAAAUGCACGAAAUGUGCGAUUUGGGUCUCCUGCAAAAGAUCAUGCUUCCGCCGAACUCGUUAACGAUCCCACGAAACGAGCUCCCGAUGGAAAAACUCCUGAAUAUCACGGCUUCCGAGCAAACGGCCGCCCGUAAGGUCUCUUCACCGUGCAAGAUCACCGCCGACGAUGUCUCAUCGGGAGGAGAUGAAACGAAAGAAAAAGAGGAUUAUGAGGUACUCCGAAUAUUCGACGGAAACAAUUCCCUCCGAAAUCAAGUGUUCCGAACAGCUUCUGUCCCCAAAACGGCUUCCGUUCAACAGAUUCGCGACUCGGCUCUGCGACGAUUUCACAUCCAGGACAACCCGGAUAACUACUAUGUCACUCAAGUCACAAAUGAUUUGACCGGUGAGGAGGAGUCGCUGGAAGACCCGGUUCCGCUGCGGAACGUGAAACGACCAGAGGGUCGACGUGCGCAAAUUUUCCUUCGAUAUCGAGAUGAUCCCGAUAAGGCAAUAGUGAAGAUAUAUGGAGGAUGGUUACGAAUCCCGGUCACUUUCUGCACGAUGACAGUGACGAAAGAGACUGUUCAAGAUGUGAUCUCCGAUUCGCUCGACCAUUUCGGAUUGGAUCGAAAAACGUGGAAUCGUUACAAUCUCAUCGAAGUCUCGCUUGAGCGUGGCGUGGUCGAGCGCACGUGUAAUCAACAAGAGACCAUGCUGCAAUUAGUGCGGAACUUGAGAAAGGAUUCCCUCCGUCGCUACCAUGUCGUUCGUUUCUAUGUUCAAGAGAAAGAAGAUCCACACGAUCACGCAGUUUUCGUCGGAAAUCUUCCCGUUUCACUUGCUCAACGACAAUAUGAAAGGAUUCUGCUCAAGCUGCUUGGUGCUAAAGAGAAACCCUUCACGGCGAUCGGUCCAAUCUAUUUCGAGUACGGUUCCCUAGUCAUCACUUUUAACACGCCGAAAGCUGCCUCAGCAGCCGUGCAUCGACUACAGAAUGCCGUUUAUGAGGACAAGAAGCUCAUCGUUUUGUGUCUACCAAAUGUACAGCCUAAAAUGCUUCCCCCCGAAUCGGAGCCACUACUCGUUUUGGUGAAUGUGAAAAGUGGUGGAUGUCAGGGCACUGAAUUGGUUAAAUCUUUCCGAAAACUUCUCAACCCUUUCCAAGUGUUUGAUGUGUUGAAGGGUGGACCGCUUGUUGGGCUCUACGUUUUCCGAAACAUUCCAAAGUACAAGAUUUUGGCGUGUGGUGGCGAUGGGACGAUCGGAUGGGUGUUGCAAUGUCUGGAUAUCGCGAAACAGGACGCCGCCUGUUUCUCGCCUCCUUGCGGAAUCGUUCCACUUGGCACCGGAAAUGACUUGGCUCGAGUGCUGAGAUGGGGUGGUGGAUAUACGGGAGAAGAAAACCCUCUGGAUAUCUUGAAAGAUGUGAUUGAAGCGGAUGAAGUGAGACUGGAUCGAUGGGCUGUCGUGUUUCACGAGGAGGAGAGAACUCAACCCCCAACCGCGCCCACUCCCGAAGGCUCAGCCGAGGCUGAGGGUAUGAUGAACAAUCCAGAAGAUCAAACAUCAAUGAUCAUCAUGAAUAACUAUUUCGGAAUCGGGAUCGAUGCCGAUGUUUGUCUGAAGUUUCAUAACAAGCGUGACGCAAACCCGGAAAAAUUUCAAUCCCGCCUCUUCAACAAGACUCAAUACGUGAAAAUCGGUCUUCAAAAAGCUCUCUUCGAGCGAACGUGUAAAGAUUUGUGGAAAAGGAUCGAGUUGGAAGUCGAUGGAAAGAUCAUUGAAUUGCCGAACAUUGAAGGAAUCAUUGUGUUAAAUCUUCUCUCGUGGGGAAGCGGAGCGAAUCCGUGGGGAACAGCGAAAGAAGACGAGAAUUUCUCGAAACCCACGCAUUAUGAUGGAUUGUUAGAGGUUGUCGGUGUCUCGGAUGUUUCUCGAUUAGGGUUGAUUCAGUCAAAGCUGGCCGCCGGGAUCCGAAUUGCACAGGGCGGAAGUAUCCGAAUCACGACUCACGAGGAGUGGCCAGUGCAAGUCGAUGGAGAGCCGCAUAUUCAGCCACCCGGCACGAUUACCAUCCUCAAAUCAGCGCUAAGGGCGCAAAUGCUGAAGAAAGCGAAGAAGAAAAGGAAUCAAGGGCAACAAAUAGCGAUAGGUGGAGGUGGACGGAGUGUGGGCAAUGAUGAGAUGGCGGCGAGCACGAGAGGAGGCGGAGCCGUCCACACAACGAGCACAUUCAAAAGAGGCGGCAGAGGGGGGAAAAGAGGACCGGGAGGAGAUGAAACUGAUAGUAAUGACGAGGCGGACGCUUUUUUG